AUGCUCACUUCACUAAGUCAGAACCAAGGUGCUGCAGUCGGAAACAAGGAUCCAAAUGCGAAUCCUCAAGGAGCGACGGGAAACGUGGAAGAGAAGUUUAUGAUGAUGUUUGACUCUUGGUUCCACGAACGAUUUGGUACCAAGGGAACGGCUGUGGCGGAGGAAAGCAAACCUCUUCCGGCGGCACCCUCGCCUGCCGCGCAUCCAGUGACGAAUCAGCCUUGGCAGUCAUCCGCCACGUACCAUGUGACCAGUGGAAAUGCUCAGAACACGCAGCGACCGCUGUUCGUUAUCAGGCAGGAAACGAGCGUUGGUCUCGGGCACCCUAUACAACUGAAACCAGUGCUGCCCAACCCGAAGGCCGUCAUCAAGCCCACUUUUGACAUCCGCGACCUCAUCCUGCAGCCGAGUCCAGGCGUACCACUUCCGCCCACCAAGCCUAAUGAUGUCACUACCUCAACGGCACGCCCAGCAGAUGGGAAUGUUGACAAGAAUACAUUGUUCAAAGAGUUCAUGACGAUGUUUAAAUCCGAACUAAAGGGAAACUCAGUCGUCGACGCCUCCGCUCAGUCUGCAACUCCGGCUCCAAGCCACUACGUAACACAACAACAUGUCUAUAGUGCAUCUCCGAUCCCUUCGCCUCCGGUACCAGCCGCAAACCCUGCGUCUUUCGUCGUUCCACCAAAACCGGCGCCUGUGUUCGUUCCCCCCAAACCAGCGCCUGUUUUCGUUACCCCAAAACCAGCGCUUGUCUAUAUACCUGCGACGCCAAUACCGCCUCUGGUACCUGCCGCCACCCAUGCGCCUUUCGUCGUUCCACUGAAAUCUGUGCCUAUCAUUAUAACUUCGACACCGGUACCGCCCACGGUACGCCGCGACGAACCAGUUCCGGUACCCCGUCCAAAUAAGCCCAUCCCGGAGACGCGACCGAAAGAGUCGCAUUCGGAGUCUGGUGGUAGUGGAGAAGCGCGUGUUUCCGGUGAACGCAAUCAAGGCAGACGCGAAGGACAGCAAGACCAUCACAGCGAAAAUCAGGUGCUAACGAGACCCGCUCCUACUUCUCGGCCACAAUCUACUAAAUCUGCGCCAGUUUCGAUUUCGAUGACGCAUCACGUCCGGGAAAACCGACCAUCCCGGCCGAGAACCCCUGCUCCCGCGCCGUCCCCAAAUCGAGGCAGCCCGCCACCAACUAAACCACAUGUCGACAAGGCAGUCGCUGCAGCGGAAGCGGUAGUCCAAGCGCCGUCUUUAGCGGUGAACACGUCCGUCGAAACCCCAGCACCCACUACCCUUGCACCCACGACAGCUGUACCGACCAUAGAUCCUGACCUUCUUUCCGAUAUCAACGAGGCUCGCAGCUACCAAGGAUUACCACCCUUGCUACCUCACCAAGUGGAUUUGGCGGGAAAUAUCAAGCCUCGAUUUCAACAGCGACAACAGCGACUAAAUUUGUUUCCUGGUAGACGACAUCCGUUGAGAGACGCCGCCGGUCAUCACGAGAUGUUUCACCGGCAGGUGGGACCCGCCAUGAGUCCGGAAGUACACCAGGCGAUUCACGUCAUAUUGAGUAAUACCCGACCCAAUCUGUACGGAGGGUUCGGUGGUCCGGCCACCUCGAACCCGGGACUGGCCUUCAACCCGGCUAUGGACCCGGACCUCAUGGCCGACAUAAUGGAAGCGCGAGGGGCAACUGGGAUACACACGCCGCUGUACUAAAUAUUGAAGAACAAUCAGAACAUCUGAAUUCGAAGUUAUUGCGCACACUUGAAGUCAAAACUAUCAUUCGGGAUGCGGAUAUCGUGGGCUUUGAGGGCACUGUGUGCCGUCACGAAUAGUGUCACGUUGCGACAGGAUGUCGUGAUUUAUUUUCAGUGGCAAAUCAUUCUUUAUUUUGCCAGAUUUCAUAUUGAUUUUUUAAGUGCUGUUUGAACUGUUAACAAAAACAUUUAUUUAAAACCAUACAUAUAUGAACAUACUUUUAGUUAAGUAAAUAACUGUUUAUUGAGAAUCGUUUAAAGAUUUUCGACAUCACAUGUUAAGGAUUGAUUGUCUCCUGCUAGUGCCAUAUUAUUGAUAUGUAAAAUAUUUGUUAUUUUGAUAUAGACAGUUUCUGCCUGUUGAAUAAAAUUUAUGUAGUACCAAG